UCCUGGUAGCUGCAAUCAAUGAGACAGCUUGGUCAAAUUCUCAUGAACCCGCUACCCGUAUUAUUAUUAGGAAUGUCCAGAGUUGCGUUAGUAUAAAUAUAAACAACAGUUUACGAUGUUUACAGCGCACAGAAGCAGUGUAAAUCGUUUACGAAAAUGAAAACCGCCUUAGUUCUCUUGAGUGUUAUUGCGGGCACUUUGGCAGCCAGCCUCUCUGAAGAAGAGAAGAAACUACAAGAGAUUCAUGACAGAUGCCAAGCCGACCCAGCCACUUACGUAGAUCACGAACUGUUGCACCACCUUGCAGAGAAUAUCAACAACCCCAAAGUUGGUGCUCACAUGCUCUGCGAAUCGAAAGCUGUAGGUCUUCAGAAGCCAAAUGGUGAAUUGGAUUUGAGUGUCAUCAAACAGAAGAUCUCCCUCACCGUCAGCGAUAAGGCUAAAGUAGAAAGAUUGGUUAAGGAAUGUGCUGUGAAGAAGGAAACUCCUGAAAAAACUGCUGUCAAUCUAUUCAUGUGCUUGGAUAAGGAUGGUGUUACUUAUUUCCAUGAGUUUUAAUUUCCAAAAGUUCGAAUGUGUAAUGUCUUUAUUUGUAAACGAGUAUUUACAUAUUUAAAUUUUAAUUCAAAUAGGUAACAAGGAAUGUAAAAACUAUAUCUAGAAUAUUUUGUGUAUUUUAAAAGUAAAGACAAGCAGAAGACUAUAAAAGCCAAAGAUAUGAAUUUCUAAUUUUACAUCAAAUAUCUUUUAAGAAAUAAAUAUAUUUUAAAUGCAUGGAUACGAAAAAUAUUGUUAUUUAAAAAUUACCAUAGUUUACUUCUUUUCUUUCAUUUCCGAAAUUGAUCUUACGCAAACAAUACUAAACAACAACAAUGUAUGAAUUGUUGCUUAUUAUGCUUAUUUUUAGAAUUCAUAUAAAUGAAAUGUUAUUUUUGUGGUGUAAAUGACACAUAAUGUAUGUACCACAUUGAACAAGUCACAUGUCGAUCAGAUAGAUGUCUACCCCUAAAAGAGAAGACUACUUUUAAUCCUGCUUUUAAUGAAGGGUGUGUUUUAUAAACAAAAUACUUAGUUUCUGGGCAUGUAAGACUAGCAUGCCUUUCCAUAUCCUGCUGAAAUUACUCGCUACAAUGCUAAUCUUUUAAACCAUUUUCUGGUGUCUGGUAUUGUUGCACUUUAAAAUACAAACGCGAAAAAUAUAUAUCUAACUUAAAAAUUAACAUUAUUUAAAUACAGGCAACUUAUUUUUUGGAUUUUUUGUUUGUUGCGUGCUACUAUACUCUUUAACUAUUCGCAUGCAUGAUUCAAAACACUUAGAAUACCAUAAUUUAGCAUUUAUUAAUUCACUGUGCUGUUUCAACACAAUACUGAAUUGCCCUUGACCGUUAGUAAUCUUUUUGUGAAUUUUGUCUUGGAAGCGAAAAUUACUUUACAUUAAAUUGACGCAUUAAUUUUAUA